GAGAGAGAGCAUGUCAGAAGAAAGUCGACAGAAAAAAACAUGAACAAUUUAAUUUCAACAUCUCAAUAUCUGAAUUACAAAUCCUAAUGAAAGUCACUCCCCCCUCUGUCACAGCCGAGAGCCACGCGCGAGGAAGAGAGAAACCGUGUCCAGUUUUUGAAUGAUUGAUGUCGUCAAACACAGUUUUGAAAGAUGAGCGGGGCCGGGGCGUAAGAAAAAGAACAGCACCAGAAAAAUCUGAUGUCUUUGAAGCGUGCAGCGAGGAAAUAAAUGUAGAGAUUCACCAGCUCUUCAACAAGGUCAGAAGUUAUGCCCCCCCUGCAGGAGGAGAAUGGACCUUGCCUGACCCAAGUGUAGUGCUCUGUGAUCCUCAUGCGAGUCACCCACGUUUGCAGGCUCUGAAACAGUCACUGAAUGAAGUAAAGAAUCAACUCAGUGAUAAAGACCUAUCAGUAUGGCACCAGCAUACGUGUUUCACCAACCGAGCAGGUAGUGUUACAGCGCACCUUCGCUCCACAGUCAACGCAGAGCUGUGCACCCAGGCUUGGGCAAAGUUCUAUGAGAUCCUAGGCACUUUUCAACUUCUGCCUGACAAUGCGUUGAAGAGUGGCGAGUUGAACUCCAUACACCUGUGUGAAGCCCCUGGUGCCUUCAUAUCAGCUCUUAAUCACUUCCUCAAGACGAAUGGCCUGCAUUGCGACUGGAACUGGAUUGCCAACACUCUAAACCCAUAUUAUGAAGCCAAUGGACGUAGUUGCACCAUUACAGAUGACAGACUCAUCACACACACUCUGCCUUGGUGGUUCUUUGGAUCCGACAACACAGGUGACAUAAUGCUUCAGAAGCAUCUGCUGGAACUGCCGAGAUUUGUGAGCAACAUGCGGAGUGUUGAUUUGGUUACAGCAGAUGGAAGCUUUGACUGUCAGGGGGACCCAGGGGAACAGGAAAGAUUAGUUGCCCCGCUACAAUAUUGCGAAGCCGUUUGUGCGCUUCUGCUGUUAGGAACCGGAGGCUCGUUUGUCCUGAAAAUGUUCACACUAUUUGAACACUCAUCUGUCUGUCUGCUUUAUCUCCUUGCAUGCUGCUUCCGUUCUGUGAACGUCUUCAAACCAGGCACUAGCAAGUCUGGAAAUUCAGAACUGUAUAUAGUGUGCUUGGACUAUCAGGCCAAAGAACAAAUUCGGCCAUUGCUCUCAAAGUUAAUCCGUAAUUAUGGACCAGACUUGGCAUCAACAGCGGCGCUCUUUCCCCGUCGCUGCAUUCCAGACUCGUUUCUAAGUCAGCAUGAAGACAUAUGCGCUUUUUUCCAUGCAUUGCAAGUUAACACAAUCCAGGAGAACCUUAAGCUUUUUGUAUGCAUGAGCGCAGAACAGCGCAGGCGAUUGGAGCAGCUCAGGGAAUGUGCUGCAGAGUUUUAUACAAAACGUUUCGGUGUUCUCUCUCCACGGAAAAGCUGGGUUUGCCGUAGUGGCGUUGCAAAAUGGGUAAAACUCUGUGAAAGGAAGCAAAUGGGCUCUUUCAAUCAGCGCAAGGAGAUGGAACUUCAGGGAUGGAAGCAGCGCCUUUUCCAAGGAAAUUAUGGGGCAUUCAUAGAGAGGCACUGUGCAGGGACAGAAGUGUGUGAGAAUGUACUUAGUGGCCCAUUGGAUGAGUGCGAUUUGGGAGCCUGGUUUGCCCUUGAGGGAGCUGCCCUGCCGAAAGUCUGCAGCUCCACCUUCUGUGACCAAGAAAUGCUAGACUUCCUGAACGAAGCUCUGGAAGAGAACCUGAGGGUCAAAGCAGUGAGUCACCCUGACAGAGCUUUGCCAGUAUGCAGCUCCUGCAGCGUUGACUCCCCUGUAGGCAUCUUAUCUGAGAUUUGCAGCCAUCCUGACGUGACAUCUUGUUUGGUGCUGGGAAGCCAGUCUUGGUGUGACUGCACUCUUGUCGGCGUUAAACUGCAGCCAGAGUUUUUGCAAGGACCCUCCCGUUGUGAGGUACAGGAUUCCACGUUGCACGACGGACAACCAGACUAUCAGUUCGAGCUUCUGAACACUGUGCUUUUUGCUCUGCAGAAACAGCGACAGGGAUCAACCCUGGUGAUUCCCUUAUGUUCUGUCUUGACACGCUUCACCUCCGGCCUGGUUUUCUCACUCCACCUGUGCUUUCGUUACAUCACGUUCCGCUGCUCGUCUGGUUGGCCUCCUGCUGCUCUUGUGUGUGUAGGAUUCUCUCCGCCAUCAGCACUACCCCGGCUGCUGGACUUUCUCCGGGACGUGUUGGAGAAGAUGAAAAAAGCUAAACUUGAGCUGGGGAGGCAGAUUCUGCAGUUUGUACCUUUAGAAGAACUUCUCAGAGGGGAAUUACCUCGCUUCCUGUAUUCCCUCAAUACUGCUGUUGUUCGACAGCAGCUACAUGUGCUCAUGCAAAUUGAAUAGAGCACAUACUGUAUGUCUAUUUUCUCUAAAAGAACUUUUACAAUUAGAUUACAUUUGAGUAUAAUAAUACCUCGGUUUACUUCAAUUGAAGCCGUAGCCUCAGUUUGUGCCAGUGCCACAGUGAAUGUAUAGGAUGUAUUGGAACACAGAAUUCUUUUGUUUUAUAUAUUUAUACUGGGGAGAACAACUUUCUUUAAUCUUGAAUGUGCUGCAAAUUACUCAAAACAUUUAUUUAGGUAUAUUUAUGUAACUGUGCGGUUCAAAAUGUUUAUUUUAAUAUUCAUGUUUCUUAACACUUUCAAUUAUAUGCUUUAAUCAAUUAGUCUGUCCUGGCUCAUUUAUAAAAUUGUUUACUGCAAAUAUGGAGUGUGUUUAUGAGUUGUUGUUACCAUAAAUAGCAGAAUAUGUUAUCAAAGUUUGAAGUAUAAUGGGACUAUAUGCAAAUAAUGUCUUAUAAAUAGUUUAUAUGAUGGUGGACAUCAUGUAUGCUUUAAUAACUUUGUGCGAUUGUGUUCAUUAUGACUUUGUUAAUAACCAAAAACAAAAAUUAAUGGAAUGACAUUAUAGCUAAAAUCUGUUACGCAACUCUAUUUUUUUUUCUCAGCAAUUAAAUAUGUUUAGUAAAGAAAACAUGAAAAAUACAAGCAUUUAUAGCAAAUAUAAUUUGGUAGAAGUACAUAAACAUGCAUUUAAAUAUAAUAGCAAUUGUUGUUACAGAGUAGCAAAUGUAAAAAUGCAUUGCAAAAUAUAAAAAACUGAUUCUGAGUCUGUAAAACUAUGUAUUGUAAAACAAUGGUGGUUAUACAGACAAGUGGUAAAAAACAUUUACCUGCAGGGUCCAAAAAAUGUAUAGGCCUUCCCUUUGCUAGUUUGCAGUAUUGAUUGCUGUUCUCUUAUAGAACGUCAAAAAAAUUGUAUUAUUCUGGCCAACAAAGUUUUGUUUGGUAUGCAUUUGCUCCUUAAUAAAUAAUGUGACUAUUUCAGUUUUCA